AUGUGUGGGCGAUACGCCCUGGGCGUACGCUUGGCGUACAUCCAGCAACGCAUGCAAGAGCAAGGCAUGCAGGUGGACGAAGCACCGGAUGACGACGAAGUCAGAGAAACAUACAAUUUCGCACCGGGAAACUUUGGAGCCGUCUAUCGUGCCGAUAUCCCUGACCAAGGGCGCUCCCAUUUUGCCGACAAUGAAGACCAUAAUCCAGACAUGGAAAAGCCUAACGAUGAUCAAGAUUCAAAGUCCAAGUCUGCAGAUGAGAAGGCAAUCCGGUACAAGCUCCAAAGCAUGAAAUGGGGCCUCAUUCCUUUCUGGACGAAGCGCCAGCCAGAUUAUGGAUCCAUGAUGCGCACGAUCAACUGCCGCGAUGACUCGCUGAUCGAAGACCGUGGAAUGUGGACAACCAUGAAACGGCGCAAAAGAUGCAUCGUUAUCUGCCAAGGCUUUUAUGAAUGGCUGAAGAAAGGACCCGGAGGCAAAGAAAAGGUGCCGCACUUUAUCCGGCGCAAAGACGGGGAGCUAAUGUGCUUCGCUGGACUUUGGGAUUGCGUCUCCUACGAAGGCUCGAAUGAGAAGCUGUACACCUACACCGUUAUCACGACCUCGUCCAACCCAUACUUAAAGUUCUUGCAUGAGCGAAUGCCGGUUAUACUCGACCCGGCGAGCGAGGGAAUGAAUAAAUGGCUUGAUCCCAACACAACGACUUGGUCAAGAGAUCUGCAGUCUAUACUCAGGCCAUACGAGGGCGAGUUGGAGUGCUACCCUGUGCCCAAGGAUGUUGGUAAGGUGGGAAACAACUCUCCGGACUUUAUUGUGCCGGUCAACAGCAAGGAAAACAAGAGUAACAUCGCGAACUUCUUUGAUAAUGCUAAGAAGAAGGAAGAGAAGCUCACGGCUACAUCGGAGGCGUCUGAGACUGCUCUAAAGCAGGAGCCUGUUUCGCCAGAAGGGAAGGUUGCAAAAGAGGAGCGUCCUACCCAUGAUGAUGAGUGGAGCGAGGAUAACGCUCCAAAGCCAUCGCCUGCUGUCAAGAGAGAGUAUAGCCCAGGGAGCUCAGAUCUUGCAGAGGAAAGCAAAAAGCAAAAGACGGACUCGAAGCCUAGAGGAUCGUCGUCGCAGAAGAAAAAGCUGCGAAACGCUACCCAUAACAGUCCUACGAAGAAGUCUAGUGAGGUGAAGGCAAAAGAUGGCUCACAGCGGAUUACGAAUUUCUUCAAAAAGUAA